AUGUACGCGUGUUCGAAAAGGUGUCCCGUCCUCGUCCUCGUCCUCGUCCUCGUCCUCGUUCUCGUCCUCGUCCUCGUCCUCGUCCUCGUCCUCGUCCUCGUCCUCGUCCUCGUCCUCGUCCUCGUCCUCGUCCUCGUCCUCGUCCUCGUCCUCGUCCUCGUCCUCGUCCUCGUUCUUCUCCUCUUGCUGGUGGUGGUGGUGGUGGUGGUGGUGGUGGUGGUGGUGGUGGUGAAUCUCCGGGACCACGAAGAUCUUUAUGUGAAGAAGGAGAUCUAUCUUCCUCUCACCAAAUUGCGAAUGCUUCUCUACCGCAACCUCCUCAAGCGAGCCCAUCUUGUCAUCCAGCGAGUGAGAGGAACAAGCUCAAGGAUUCUUCUAGCUGACAUCUGCCAAGUAGUCAAUGCAGGAGGAUGGAAUGUGGACGAGGAGGAGCUCGAGUGUAUCCUAUCCCUGCUCAUCAAGAGCGGGAAAGUCAAGGGCAAGCUUGACCCUACCAGGGAUGGGAUGAAGGAGGACGGGAAGGAGGACGGGAAGGAGGACGGGAAUGAGGACGGGAAGGAGGGCAAGGCAGAAAGGAGGAAUUGA